AAUUCAGCAUAUGUUUGUUGAGUUUUCUCUCUCUAUAUUUGAUCCUACAUACUCUCAUUUCUCUCAUUUUCUUCUCCACAAGAACAACAACAGAAGAGGAGAAAGCCAAGUAUCCUCAUAUCAGAUAUUCUUAAAAGGAACUGGUGAACAUAAGCUUCCAUCACUAGUGGGCUUUAGUAAAAUGAUGCUUGUCAUUUUUAUUGUUUUAGCUAUGGGGUCUUUGUUCCUUGAGCCGAGGGUCUAUCGGAAACAACCUCUCUGCCUUAACAAGAAAUAAAUGGUGCUUCGUGUAAGACAUGGAUGAAUAUUCUGCUAAAAGAACUGCUAAUGGCUUAGUUGCCCCGAGAAGAGGUUUGAGGGAGACUGCUGACAACAAAGAUAAAAAUGUCCAGUAUUGCACUCGAGUUGGAUGUACUGGCCGAGUCAACUAUAUGAAGAGUUCCAGAGUUGGAUGCAUGGAGAAAGCCAGACAGUUAAGGCCUGCUUUCGGUUCUUCAAAUGGGAAGGAAGUCGUUGGCAGUUCAUCUAUGACAUCUUCUACAAUGCCUAGUGCGGGAAGGUCAUGCAAAGAAUCUCAUAGAAAAUCGUUGUCUAACAUUGAGAAUAAGCAAUCAGAUACCAUUUCCUUACAUGAAGAGCCAGUAGUUUUAAAACAGACGCAGUCAUCAGCAAAAGAUACUGGAUCCAGCAAAGUUAUAUUAGCAGAAAUUGGUUCCUCUAGUGGAACAUCAAGCAGUAGACCUCGAAAAAUAUUUGGUCACAGGCAUGGUUCUUUCAACCAAAAGAGUCCAAUGGAUUCCUCUGUUUCUUCAUCAUCUAAAUCCAUUAGUGCUGGGACAAGGGGCGGCAGUAGUAGUGGAGAGGGAUAUAGGUUGAGAAAUCUGAAGUGCAAUUCUGUAUCGGAUGUCCUCCCAUAUAGUUGUUCACCAUCAGAAUCAAGUAUUAGUAGAAGGGACACAGUAAAAAGGAGAAAUGCUGAAGGUGAAAGCAGUUCAUCAUCUAAAGGGAAGAAAAUGAGUGGCGCAUCACCAAAUGAAGGACGUGCCGUUCGUCCUGCUACUAGAAUCUUCAUCUCUGAUUCAAGGAAUAAUAGAAGUUCGGAUUUUGGUGCGGGUAAUCGUGCUCUAUCAGUUAGGACCCGCAGGUCAAUGAAUGUGAAUACUAGGUUGCGGGGUUCUUUACAGGAGUCAUUGCAGACCAGCCAAAAUUUACCUCAGCCUGAAACUCCAACUCUAGAUAAUCCUAGUUCGUCCAGUCAAUUUUUCACAGAUUCUUCAUCAAGUGAAAUUAGUGCUUAUAGUUUACCCAGAAACGAUGAUGACGAUGAUGAUGAUGAGUUACCUGGUGUAGUGCCUUUCACUUCUGCUGAUGUCGGCAUUAACAGAUUUAUGAACCGUGAUGCAUUGCAGCGAUAUAACAUGGAUGGAGUAGCGCAGGUGUUGCUGGCACUUGAGAGAAUUGAACAAGAUGAAGAGUUAUCAUAUGAGAGACUGCUUGCGUUGGAGACCAAUUUGUUCCUCAGCGGCCUUAACUUCUAUGACCAGCACAGAGGGAUGAGAUUAGAUAUCGAUGACAUGUCCUAUGAGGAAUUAUUAGCUCUUGAGGAGAGGAUUGGCUCUGUUAGUACAGCUCUGCCCGAGGAAGCACUAUCAAAGUGCCUCCGGAAAAGCACUUAUCAAGGUAUGGCUUCAAAAACAGAAACAUAUGAAGCUGAUGGGGAUGGAGAUGACAUCAAGUGCAGUAUUUGUCAGGAGGAGUAUGUGAUUGGAGAUGAAAUAGGGAAGUUGGGAUGCGAGCACGGGUAUCAUUUGGAGUGCAUAACACAGUGGUUUAGGCUCAAGAACUGGUGCCCGAUCUGUAAGGCUACAGCAGCUCCGUCAGAGUCGUCGAAAAAGCCAUCUUAGUUUCAGAAUUUUAGAUAUCCAACCUAGAUUUGGGAAGCUGAAAAAGUUCCGCGUGUACAAAUUCAUCUGGGGUUGGUUUGUGGAUUCCUGCAAUUCAUUUUUCCUGUUAUCUUUUUCUCUAUUCUUGAACUUUUUUCUUAAUUGCUCUUGCCAUAUGAACCAAUAAACCCAGGCCAUUUUCUGGCUUUGUGGUGAAUGCUUUCAUAUUCAUUUCUUUAAAGCUUUUCUAAAGUGUUUGUUUCAAGCAA